AUGUCUGUCGCCGCUGAAGUCGAAGCCGCUAACGCCAAUUAUGCUGCCACCUUUACGAAGGGCGCGCUGGCACUGCCUCCGCAACGGAAGGUUGCGGUAGUCGCAUGCAUGGAUGCGCGCCUCGGUGGGUUGUCUCGGGCCUGGAUAGACCCUGCCCGCGCCCUGGGCCUGGAAGAAGGCGAUGCUCAUGUCAUCCGCAAUGCUGGCGGCAGGGUUACGGAUGCACUACGUAGCAUCAUCAUCUCGCAGCAGCUGCUUGGUACUAGGGAAAUUAUCAUCCUGCACCAUACGGACUGCGGCAUGCUUACGUUCACUGAUGAGGUGAUUCGCGGCAAGAUCCGCGAUGAGCUGAAGCAGAAUGUGGACCAUAUUGCAUUCUUGCCAUUUGGAGAUUUGAAGCAGAGUGUGCGAGACGAUAUCCAACUCCUUAAAGAGAGCCCACUCGUGCUAGAUGUCCCUAUCACUGGCUACCUGUAUGAAGUGGAAUCCGGCAAGAUUGUCAGAGUUGGAAGCAGUACGUAA